AUGGUAGACUCAUCGGUAACUGUCGGGCUUUCCGUGGGGAUUCCUUCGGCAUUAAUUUUAGGUACUUGUCUUCUUCUUUGGCUCCGCAAUCAACGGAAGCAAGAAAAGGAAGAUUUACUAGAUCGUGACAUUGAUCUUGAACUCAAGGACGAUGUAUCAUAUACAAACAUGCAAGAUGUGAUACUCCAGCCGAAAGGCGGGGCUAUUGGUGCUCCGUUGGGUCCAUCAAUAGAUAGUAAGAGCCCCGCACCACCAAGUUUCCAGGGCUCUCCAGACAAGCAAUACGUUGACUCGUCUCAUUCUUCGUCUUCCAUGACUGAACAACCAUCCACUCCUCGUCAUCAUUUAUCCAGAGAACCAAUAACUUCGGUUCCAGGACCUCUCCACCACCGCACACCUUCUUCAUAUGACUUUUAUGAUUCGGUAAUCCCGGUGUUACCCACACCACCAAUGGCACCAGACCACCAGCAACUGACGGUACCACCAUCACCUUCAGGAGCAGGCUCUAUAACACCAUUAGCCCCACCGCCGGCGUUGGGCGACAAUCAUACUCAAAGCUCACCCAGCAAAACAAACUCAGUGGCUUCACUUAAUAAUAUUACUAAUUAUGAUUCAAGUAGUAGAUCUUUGGACAAUUUAGCAAAGCAGCUUACCCAACCAACUUUUUUCGAAAAAUUACCUUCAAGAGCAGGAGCUCCAGGAACCGUGAGGCGACGAGACGAGGGCCCUCGAGUUAAUAAUAAUAAUACUACUAACCCUCACACGGGUCCAAACUCUCUGCACACUUCGCUCGAUCAAUCUCGUGAUGAUUUGGGCUCUGGAUCUGUUCAUAUCGGUAAGGUCCUUGCAGGGAAGUUCGAUAAUAGCUUUUCCGGGAAACCCGGAUCGCCCUUUACCGACGAAGAGCAAGGUGAUGUUUUAUUUAAGUAG